AUGCCUGAGCAACCAAAGUGUUUGCACGCAGAUUCCGGUUACCACAGUCGAGUCACAGUUGCACCGCCGGUUGUCGAAAGUUCUGCGCAAAGUAAAACAACAACCACUGUCAUUACUAUUUCAACCGCCGUGUCCAAGAAACUGACGGAAAAAUCGGUCAAAGUGGAGGAAGACACGGAGACUGCUCAGCGCGGUAUCCAGGAGGCCAAAGAUGAAGACCAAGAGUCACUUUCAAGUAGACCCGAUUCUGAGCAGCAAAGCAAAAUUGGUGCAGGUGCCAACCAGCGUCCUGAAUUCUUUGGAUGCCUGCACUGUGAGAAACUUCGCCCACGGCCAAUGGCGGGACUUCAUAUUUGUUUGUUGUGUAUUCGGGACUGGAAGCGGUGUGCGAAGGGGGCCCACAACCAAGCUAAGGCGAGCUUCUUGUGGGAUGGCCAGGAACAUGAUGAGCGUUAUAUAUGUCAUGUCGCGGGCAUUUGA